CUCAGAUUUCAAAGUUGUAGGGUUUUCGUCUGACAGUUGGAUUUGCAGAAGAAUGGGAUUCAUAAUGGAAUUUGCGGAGAACUUGAUUCUGAGAUUAAUGGAGGAUCCAAAGGAACGAGAUCGCAAGUUUCGUCAACAUGUCUAUGCAACUAAGGCCAGGUGCGACAAGACUUUGGAGAUGUGGAGUUAUCCUCUCCGUCCCUAUGGUUUCUGGACCUUUGAUCGCCACAAUGCUCAGAAUUUCUGGGACCCUCAGAUCAGCCAAGUCCAAGGCCGUCGCGAUCCUUAUGACGACCUCCUUCAGCAUGAAAAAUGACUUUCAGGAUAGCCAGGAGAGGUCAGCAAAGAAGCUCUUUUACAGCACCUGAAUUUUUUUAAUGCAUAUUAUCUGUUUCCGAGCAUUCUCCGUGCUUGACUGUUGGAACAAUUGAAUAAAUUGUAAUGUUAAACAAUGAUGUCUAAGGCACCUUGUUUUCACAAGGGUAUAACAUUUUGGUUUUUUAAUGUUGCAUUUGAAUCCUUAAAUUGAAGAA